AUGCGUAUAGGAGUAGAGUUAAAUGCUCAAUUAUUUACAGUUCAGAUUGUUGAAAGUGUUCUAAUUAAGCUAUUACCAGAUUACAGUUGUGAAGUAACAGGUAAAGGAAGAACCAUUCAUAUUAAUAAUUUUUUAACCAAUACAAUUGGAAGAUUAAAAUUAAAUGAAGAAGAAACUGAUAAUUUAAUUCCAAGUGAAUCUCAUAUUAUAAUUAAUCCUGGAAAAAAUUUGAUAGAUGGUGGAAUAUUGAUUAAUUAA